GACUGAUUCCAAAUAAAUUAUUACAAAACAAUGACUUUCAGUAUGAAGACGAAAAUGCAGUCCAUUGUCAAUAAUGGCGACAUCGAUUUCACCCAUGGAUAGAUUGCAGCAGUUAGAAAGCAUUGAAAAGGAAAUUUCAACUGCUAUUUCAAAUUCAGGUAAAGCAUUAGAGGAAUUAGCAAAGGAGAAACCCCAAAUGAAAACUGUUGAAACACAUACAACAGGCUUCAUAAAAACUCUAGAAAGUGUUGAAGCUGGUCUUAUGAAACAGAUUCAGUACCUGACUCAAGUUUCUACAGGUCAGCCACAUGAGGGUUCCUGCUACGCUGCACAGAAAGAUUUGUUGAUGGCAUAUCACCGUAAAGCUCAUGUUCAAAGCCGUCUCGAGGAGUUAGAAAAAAUUCACUCUGAACAAAGACCUAAGCAUCUGCAGCUUUCUAAAAGCUAUUCACUACCUCCAAUGGCACAUGGUGCCCCUGGUUCAACAGGAAAUCAAUGA